GUGGGGGGGGCGGCACUGGCAGAGGCGGUCGGGCACUGGAAGUGGACUUACCCGGUUUCACUGCACCUUGGCCGCGAGCAGGAGCUGCGGUGCCCGCGGACCUCGGCCGUGCGGCUCCCGGAGCGAACGCGACGCUGCGGCUCGGGCCUCGUUCCCCGCCACGCGUCGGGCAGCGUGUCCCGGAGCCUCGGGCACGCCAGCUUACGUAUGAGCAUGAGUCUUCUCAUGAUAAGUGAGAAUGUAAAAUUGGCUCGUGAGUAUGCCUUGCUGGGAAACUAUGACUCUGCGAUGGUCUAUUAUCAGGGAGUUCUCGACCAAAUGAACAAGUAUCUGUAUUCAGUCAAAGAUACAUGCCUCCAGCAGAAAUGGCAGCAGGUUUGGCAGGAGAUAAAUGUGGAAGCUAAGCAUGUUAAGGACAUCAUGAAAACGCUCGAGAGCUUUAAACUGGACAGCACUCCUCUAAAAGCUGCGCAGCAUGAGCUUCCGGCUUCUGAGGGAGAAGUGUGGUCCUUGCCUGUACCCGUUGAGCGAAGACCCUCACCAGGACCUAGGAAACGUCAGUCUUCUCAGUACAAUGACCCUAAACCACAUAGUAACCGCGCAGGCACAGUCGUCAGAACUCACCGUCCGUCUGCACAGCAUCUUCACAAUGACAGAGGGAAAGCUGUUCGUAGUCGGGAAAAGAAAGAACAGAAUAAAGGAAGAGAGGAUAAGAACAAAUCAGCUGCAGUUGUGGAACCAGAGGCACAUAAAUUUGACAGCACUGGAUACGACAAGGACUUGGUAGAAGCUUUGGAAAGAGAUAUAAUUUCUCAGAAUCCCAAUGUUCGGUGGGAUGAUAUUGCUGAUUUAGUAGAAGCUAAAAAGUUGCUUAAGGAAGCAGUGGUGUUACCAAUGUGGAUGCCAGAAUUCUUUAAGGGCAUUAGGAGACCAUGGAAAGGAGUACUGAUGGUUGGCCCACCUGGCACUGGAAAAACACUCCUUGCUAAAGCAGUUGCUACAGAAUGCAAGACAACAUUCUUCAAUGUCUCUUCAUCAACGCUGACUUCCAAAUACAGAGGAGAGUCUGAGAAGCUUGUCCGUCUUCUGUUUGAAAUGGCUCGGUUUUACUCUCCAGCUACCAUAUUUAUUGAUGAGAUAGAUUCCAUUUGUAGUCGCCGAGGGACUUCUGAAGAGCAUGAAGCAAGCCGAAGGGUGAAAGCCGAGCUGCUGGUUCAAAUGGAUGGUGUUGGAGGCGCCUCAGAAAAUGAUGACCCUUCCAAGAUGGUUAUGGUUCUGGCAGCUACUAAUUUCCCCUGGGAUAUAGAUGAGGCUUUAAGGCGGCGUCUUGAGAAAAGGAUCUACAUUCCAUUGCCGUCAGCAAAAGGCAGAGAAGAACUGUUAAGAAUAAGUCUUCGAGAGCUGGAAUUGGCUGAUGAUGUUAACCUUGCAAGCAUAGCAGAAAACAUGGAAGGUUACUCGGGUGCGGACAUUACCAAUGUAUGCAGGGACGCAUCCUUGAUGGCCAUGAGAAGGCGUAUUGAGGGUCUAACUCCAGAAGAAAUCCGAAACCUUUCCAGAGAAGAAAUGCAUAUGCCUACCACCAUGGAGGAUUUUGAAAUGGCUUUAAAGAAAGUUUCUAAGUCGGUAUCAGCUGCAGAUAUUGAAAGAUAUGAGAAAUGGAUAGUUGAGUUUGGGUCAUGCUAGGUAACGUCUCACGUGUAAACUCUCAGAAAUCUGCCUUAAGUCUUUGAAAAAUAAGUAAAUGUAGUAUUUCAUUGCACUGAGUGCUAUAUUUUUUUAAACUUUCAUAAUGGUGUGAUUUUUAAACUCUUUCAGGUUCUGAAUAAAGGCAGUGUUUUUAAGCUGCA